AGCUGCCAGGGCUUGUGUCCCCUGACUCACCCUUGUCCUGCUGGAUGGCAUUUCUUUUGAAAUCGCUCCUCCAUUUCAGCUCCUCCUGCUGCCCUCUGUCUCCCUACCUUCCUUCACAUGGUGGAGUCCCAUGAGGCCGGCUGCUCUGGAUGAUAUCACCUUGUACCAGACCUUAGAACUGAAGGCUCUUCACGAUGACAGAACCGGAACCGGAGACACUGGCCCUGCUAGAAAUGAAGGGACCCGAGGCACCAGAGAAGGGCCCACCGCAGGCGCCAGUCCCCACUGGCCGGCAGCCAGAGGGAGAAGAUGGGACCGAGUCCCCUGGAGCUGAGUCUCUCAGAGUGGGGUCUUCAGUUGGGUCUCCCAUGGUCAGAGAGGGGCCUGAGGACGGUCUGGAGAGCACUGUAAGCGAGGCUGCGACUUUGCCCUGGGGAACUGACCCCCAGCCCAGCGCCCCACUUCCAGAUCCUCCAGGCUGGCGAGAUAUUGAACCAGAGCCCCUAGAGUUGGAGCCACUCACUAAGUUGGAGGAACCACUCACUACUAAGUCUGAAGAACCACUACUCAAAGAUGAUGCCAACUUGCUCCUUGAGAAGUCGGUUAGGGCUUUCGUGCCCAUUGAUCUACAGUGCAUUGAGCGGAGGCCACAGGAGCGCAUGGAGCGAAGGAAUUUCCUGCCAGCCCGACUCAGCCACCCUGAACCUCCAGAGUGCAAAUGGGCUGAAGCAGUUGUGAGACCCCCUGGUCGGUCCUGUGGGGGCUGUGGGAGCUGUGGAGGACGUGAGGCGCUGAGGGCUGUAGCUUCGGUGGUGGCUGCCCUCAUUUUCUUCCCGUGCUUCUUGUAUGGAGCAUACGCCUUCCUGCCAUUCGAUGCUCCCAGGCUGCCCACCAUGAGCUCCCGCUUGAUCUACACCCUACGCUGUGGGGUCUUUGCCACCUUCCCCAUCGUGCUAGGGCUCCUUGUGUAUGGGCUGAGCCUGUUGUGCUUUUCUGCCCUCCGGCCCUUCGGAGAGCCAAGGCGGGAAGUAGAGAUCCACCGGCAGUAUGUGGCCCAGUCUGUGCAGCUCUUCAUCCUCUACUUCUUUAAUAUGGCCGUCCUUUCCACCUAUCUACCCCAGGACACCCUCAAGCUGCUUCCCCUGCUCACUGGUCUGUUUGCAAUAUCUCGACUGAUCUACUGGUUGACCUUUGCUGUGGGCCGCUCCUUCCGAGGCUUUGGCUACGGGCUGACUUUCCUGCCGCUCUUGGCCAUGCUGAUGUGGAACCUCUACUACAUGUUCGUGGUGGAGCCAGAGCGCAUGCUCACUGCCUCUGAGAGCCGCUUGGACUACCCUGACCACAUGCGAUCCGUCUCCGACUACAGGCCUCGCUCAUGGGGCUGAGCUGCCCUAGGGCUGUGCAGGGGACUUUUAGUGCUUCCCUGAAACAAUUGCAGGCCUGAUCUUUGCCCAGGUCAUGGACCUUCAAUGUGAAGAACCUUGCUACUGCCCCAUAGGAGCCCCAUCCAGCAGGGACCAGAAACCCCAGCUCUCUCUUAGCUGUUGCUUUACUCCUGGAGUGCGAGAGCCUGAAACUGGAGACACACACUUCCUCCUCGGCCUCCCACUAUGCCACACUAAGGCUAAGUAAGGCUGAAUGGCUACCUCACUACCCAGUUUCCUGUGGGCCAGAGGUGCAGAGCUGCAGCCCAACCUAGACUGUCUUUGCUAGCUGUAUAGAUGAAAGUCAAGGAGAUGGGAAACUGCCCAGGCCCAAGGGUAGAGCUUGGAAUCACAUCAGGUCAGGGUUUCGACAUCUUUGACACUAGAUGAAAACCUCCCUAGGGGGCCUGGAUUCAAGACCCUCUCUAUCACUGGCUUCAAGAUUCUUUUUACCUCAGUCAAGACUAGUACAGCUGUUGCCUUCCCUCUCCCAACCUACAUGGGUCCCUGUAACCUUCUACUUCUCAAACUUCCAGGAAAUUCCACUUUAAAAGUGUGUGUGUGGGGGGGCUGGGGCAGAGAGAUGAACCCUCCAGAAGAACUGUGUAUAUAUUCACAUGUAAUGGCUGGAUGGCAGAGUGCCUGCUUGCCCAGUACAUAUGUGUGAGUAUGUAAUAAAUCACUGCCUGCC